ACAAAGAGGCUCUCGAGCGUUAAGCUCAGUCUCGUGAAAGGCCAUGAGAGGGUUUCUUUCUUUGGCUUUCAGGGAAACGCCUGUUUUGAGAAAUCGACCACUACAAGCUUACACUCCGAUCAACAAUCAUCGGAGGCAAUUCCCGUCCGAUUCAAUACAACGAACUUCAAAACAAAGCUCCUUUAACAACAUUGUUGAAGCGCCUUCGAGAGGUAAUCCUUCCCCACUAACUACUCCGUUAAAGGCUUCCAGUUCGAUUCAGCUUUCCACUCGUCCGUCUCUUGCUGAUGAUGAACAUAAACCAAUUGAUCAUUCAUAUAUUUCCAAGAUUCUUUUAAGCAAAGACUGGUUUCUAUUGUUAAAUCACGAGUUUAAGGCGAAGAGGAUCGUUUUGUCUCUUCAAUUUGUUGUUAGCAUUCUGCAAAAUCAAGACAACCCAUUAAAUGCUAUUAGGUUUUAUAUCUGGGUUUCGAAUGCCGACCCUUUACUUGUAAAGGGACAAGUGAUUCAAGGGGUUCUUGGUCGCAACCUUUAUCGAGAAGGCCCUGACCGUCCGGUGCUAUUAUCUGUUGAUCUUCUUCAGCAAAUUAAAGAGUCUGGUCUUAAAGUGACAGAGGAAUUACUCUGUAUAUUAUUUGGCAGUUGGGGUAGAUUGGGUUUGGCAAAAUACUGUGUAGAGGUAUUUGGGCAAAUUGGGUUGUUGGGUCUUAAUCCCACCACCAGACUGUACAAUGCUGUAAUUGAUGCAUUGAUCAAGUCCAAUUCGUUAGACCUGGCUUAUUUGAAAUUUCAACAAAUGUCUUCCCAUAACUGUGUCCCUGAUAGGUUCACUUAUAACAUUCUCAUCCAUGGUGUUUGUAGGCUUGGGGUGGUGGAUGAGGCACUUCGUCUGAUGAAACAAAUGGAGGGCUUGGGAUAUUUUCCGAAUGUUUUCACAUAUACAAUCUUGAUUGAUGGAUUUUUCAAUGCUAAAAGGGCUGAUGAAGCAUUCAAAGUUUUGCAGACAAUGAAGGAGAGGAAUGUGGUUCCAAAUGCAGCUACUAUGAGAUCCUUGGUUCAUGGAGUUUUUCGUUGUAUUGCUCCAGAUAAGGCUUUUGAACUUUUGUUGGAAUUUGUUAAGAGGAAGCAGGGUGUAUCUCAAUUGGUUUGUGACAAUAUUCUAUAUUGCCUUUCAAAUAAUUCUAUGGCCAGUAAGGCUGUCAUGUUUUUGAGUAAAACUGGCAAAGAGGGUUAUGUUCCGAGCAGUUCAACCUUCAAUGUGACCUUGGCGUGUCUAUUAAAAAAGCUAGACUUGAAGGAAACAUGCACUAUAUUUGAUAAUUGUGUGCAGAGUGGUGUCAAGCCAGGGUUCAGUACAUAUCUUACGCUUAUUGAAGCCUUGUAUAAGGCAGGGAAAAUGGAGAUUGGAAACCGAUAUAUGGAUCGGUUAAUAAAUGAUGGUCUUAUUUCCAACAUAUAUUCAUAUAACAUGGUCAUUGAUUGCCUCUGCAAAGGCAAAUCAAUGGACAGAGCAUACGAAAUCUUCAGGGAUCUGCAUAAUAGAGGCAUUUCUCCAAAUAUUGUUACUUACAAUACGCUUAUCGGUGGGUUUUGCAGAAAUGGAAAUAUGAACAAAGCUCAGGAACUUCUUGAAAUUCUAUUAGAAUGUCGUUUUAGACCAGAUAUCUUCACAUUUAAUUCACUAAUUGAUGGCCUCUGUCAAGCACAUAAGCAUGAGGAUGCGUUUGGUUGUUUCACUGAAAUGGUUGAGUGGGAUGUCCCUCCAAAUGUUAUCACAUAUAAUAUAUUGAUACGUUCCUUCUGUGCGAUUGGAGAUGUUUCUAGAUCUACCCAUCUGUUGCGACAAAUGCAACUUCAUGGUCUACAACCUGAUACUUUCUCCUUCAAUGCUCUCAUCCAAGGGUACAUUGGAACAAAUAGGGUUCAGAAGGCUGAGAAGCUCUUUUGUUCUAUGUUAAGGUUGGGUAUACAGCCUGACAAUUAUACAUAUGGUGCUCUUAUUAAAUCAUUGUGCAAAUCAGGUAGGCAUGAUGAAGCAAGAGAGAUCUUUCUCUCAAUGAAGGAGAAUGGUUGUACUCCUGACUCUUAUACUUGCAGUCUUUUUAGCGGCACUCUUGCCCAUAGUUAGACCUUUAUGAGGAUUAGGGAUAUUGUGAAGAUUGAACAAAAUAUGAUGGCAAAAACAUUUUAUAAACAACUUGGAAAUUGGGAUCGGUUGCUUUUUGGUACUGAUCUCACGAUGUUCCAAAUUUUCGAGCACUUCCAAAAUGAGUGUUCCUUGUUUCAGAGAGAGGAAGCCAAGUGAUUCACAUUUCAUUUGGUCAACAGUGUUGCCUAACUAAUCAAUGUGCACGAGCAAGUUUGAAUAUCCACAGUUAUUAAAAAAACAUCACGGUGUUCUCCUAAGUUUUGAUGCUUAGCUGUUGGGACAGGAGCAGCAUCUGAUCAAACUUAAGCUGUUAUCAUUAUCUUAGUUUGCAACUUACCAUCUGCUGGCAUUACAAGAGGCUUUAGAAUUUGGCAGGUUAUUUAUACUCUGUAGCUUGGAGCUUCUUCUACUGUGGGAAAAACAGAAAGUUCCUGUAAUGGUAUAACUGUCUUUCAUGUGACCUACAAUUUAUCAAAAUUUCAGUAAGGGGAAAAUACUUUAUUGGUUAUGUGAAAAGGGGAUCAGAUGUUAUCUUACUAUGUUUUCAGAAAGAAGAGUCCAAGUUUGAAGGACUUUUACUCUGAUUUCUUUGAAACUAUUAGCUUUGGCUUGAUUUGAGGACUGGACGCUCCAUUGCAGAUGAUGAAUCAGGUCUUUUAAUUAUCAUGUGAGACAUUGGGGACAUUCUUACUGCUUCUCUAUCGCCAAUAGAAAUGAAAACAAAAUUACCAGAAAUCUUGAUCAUUAUUUUCUUGUGCUAUUCCAUUUUACCCUUUUCUGUUUAUCAUGUCAGAAUGAUGAAUGCCAUAAAAACGACUUGACUUGGGUGAUUCUAUUCUGUUGGUUUCACAUCUAAGCUCUUAUGAUGGAGAUAAAAUAGUGGUAAAGCUGGCUUAUAUAUGCCUUUACUUUUCUCUCUGCAGAUAGGCUAGGUGGAUGCAUGACUGUAUGUAAGGUUAACCCUGUAGAAAUAUUCUCCAAGAACUUGAUCUUGUCAAGAUGCUGUCCUUGUGAUAGAGCCCCCCUCCCCGGUUGGCCCAACCGCUCUUUUUAUGAGGGCUGCAACUGCAAACCCCUCGUGUAUCGUCAAAUUUGUGAGGCUCGGAGCGUCAUCUACGUAGUAACUUAUCAACUUGUAGUUGCCGACGAAGCAAAGUAUCAGUGUAUUGAUGGCUAGCUACUGACAUUCCUUUGGUUCUGAGAGAAUAUUUGUCUAUUUACUAAAUCUGGACCACUGCAUUGAUCCCAUUUGGUUCUGCCAUUCUGCAAUGCAUUUUGCAGGGUAUAGUUAUUUGUCGAGAUGAAGAUGGAUUAGUUGGGGCUCGAGCGAGCGGUUGCUUUGUCUCGAAUCAUAAUGUCUCCACAAGACUGAAGUUCUGGGAUGAGUUGAUCAGAUUGCUUGUCAGCCAAGUUUGCUUCAACAUCGUGAGCUUUACUCAGUCAUUAAGAAACGAAAAUAAGGCUGCAAUACAAUGUAGAAUAUUCUAUUGAGUACGAAUCCGAGAUCUCAAAGCUUAUAAAUUUAGAAACUUUACAAGAUCAGAGAUACGAGCCUAAUCUAGUAAGGAGGUGUUUAAACUGACUUUUAAGUAAGCGCUUAUAGGUACAAAAAAGUGUCGAUCAACAUUUAAAAAGUAAAUUCAAAUAGAGACCAAGAAGAUUUGAGUAGAAAUUCACAUGUUAUUCGAAUUCUCCUACUCCUAUGAAUGACUAAUUUGUGUUGUUUUACCUAUAA